AUGACCGGUCGUGGCGGCGGUGGCGGACGCAAGAUCUUGCUUCCUCCCAUCAACUUCAUCUUCAAGCUUCUCCAAACACACGCGACUGUCAAGAUCUGGUUAUAUGAACAAUUGUCAAUCAGAAUCGAGGGUAAAAUUAGGGGAUUCGACGAAUUCAUGAACCUUGUUAUUGAUGACGCGGUCGAAGUAAAGCAAAUCACAAAGACAAAUACAGAGGAGAAGAGAAGACACUUAGGACAAAUCUUGCUAAAGGGUGACAACGUGUCGUUGAUCCAAGAAGCCGUAUGA